AUGCCGUCCUAUACUUACAGACCGCCCCCGUCCGGACGACAUUACUACUACGAAGCAACUUCGCCGCCACAGCACUCAAGUCUACAUUUCAGCGACUGGCAGGCCGCUUUGCCUGUGCCCGAAAACAUCUUCUUGCACGCUUAUGUCGCUACACCUGCCGCUGGUCAACAAGCCUACACACGCUCUCCUCCAAUGUCCCCCCAGUCAAGUGAACGCGAACGUGACUCCGCGCCAUACUCCAGCCAAUUCUCCUUGGGCAAUAGCAACUGCCGCAGUAGUGGCGGUUCUGGAAGCCGCAGCCACAAAAAAGGCAAGGAAGUAAGCCGCGGCGACGAUGAAGGGCAGGAUGUGGGUAAUACCAACAACAGACAAGUGGCUCUUCGUAUGGACUCAAAAGCCACACAUGCCCGCGAGCAACGGCUUGUGGAAAUCAGACUCUUGCUCCAGCAGCUGCAUCAGCAACUGGGCCCAGCGUACACCUUCUACUGUGAGAACUUGGACGGUUUUGAGACACAAGUCAGCCAGCUCAAGGAAUACGCUGAUAAAGAGACCUUGAACAAGAUCUGGGCCGACAAGCUACGAGCAGAGAUAAAAAGCAACGAGGCUGGCACUCAGGACCGCAGCGCGACAAAAGCAGUGUACAUUAACACCAUCACGACCCAAGUCAGCCUCUGUUUGAGGCAUCUCAGGACUGCCUACGAGGAGAGAUUACCACAGGCCUGUGCAUCACACGAACAAGACGUCAUCAUUGAGGCUCAAAUAAACAUUGUCAUCGGCGCCGUCGAGAAAGUGCUGAGUUUGGCUUCAGUUGCAAGCACUGACCAUCAUGCUUCCAAGAACAUUGUGGCAAGUCUUGACAGAGCACGUAGCCUUUCAGACACCAGCUCUGAACUGUGGAAGGCCUUGUUGAUUGGAUUGCCGGCAACAGGGUCUUGCACCAAUGAGUCCAACCGAGAGGAUGGGAAUCAGCAGACUAUGGAGGGCGGUAGCUAG